AUGAAUGCAUCGGUGGAGGCCAUUCGUCCAGCAAGUCCACUGGUAAAGGAGGUAGCGAAAGCCUUAAAUUCUCCAACAAAGUCAACCUUCCAAUUUCAACACCUCGAAGCCAACCUAGAAGCAGACAAAAUCCGCCCUACAUCGCCGCGAUCCGGUAAAUUGGGAGAAAAUUCUACAUCGCAUCAGCGCAGUCCACACUCGAUCGGGGAGAGACCCACUUCAAUCGCAAAAGAGAUCACAUUCAACAAAGUUGAUAAUGUCGAGGAGAGGAUUAAGCAAGCCACGGUCCUGGGUAAAGCAGACAAAACUCGACAGUUUGUGUUACUAUGGGGUUACUGUUUCAUUCUGACACUUGACGGUGGAGGAGUGCGAGGCUAUUCACAAUUGCUCAUUCUCAAGGCAUUGAUGGACAAGGUUGAGGCGAUCGAGCGAUCGAGACCAUUGCGUAAUGGCAAGAAAGUCGAUUCAAGCUUCGACCCCAUACCUUGGCCCGAUGUUCCACUAACCUCCGCUGAGAGGCUCCGGAGGCAAAAGUCAACAGCAACGAGACCUUUGAGCAGCAGCGGAUCUACUAUACUUAAUAACGGAAUCGCAAACGGCAAGGCAAAGGAAAGGGAACAAGAGCCUGGAAAAGAAAAGUCUCGCUUCUACCCACAUCACUACUUUGACUGGAUAGCGGGAACUAGUACUGGAGGGCUCAAUGCAAUCAUGCUCUCACGACUUCGCAUGAGCGUUGACGACUGUCUCGAAGAAUAUGCCGACUUAGCUAAGCAAGUAUUUGGAAAGUCGCGGACAUUGGAGAAGGUGGUGGACAAGGUGGUGCAGGAUAACCUCCGCAAACAAGAAGGAGAUUGUUUUGCCAUGAAUCCAAACAUGUGUCGAACAAUCGUGUACGCUUGGGGCCACAACAAAGGAACUGGACACGAUGUGCCAGUCCCUUUUCGAAGCUAUGCCCACCACCAACGGGUGAAAGCAGGUGAAGAAACCAAUGGCAACAAAACUUCGAAUCCGAUUGAAAAGGCGGGACCUGCAGAUUCGUGUUUGAUAUGGCAGGCAGCAAGGGCAACGUCAGCAGCGCCUUCUUACUUCAACUCGAUUCAAAUAGGCCAGAUGGAAUACAUUGAUGGUGGCUUUGGACUAAACAAUCCGUCCCAAAAGGUGUUCUACGAAGUUAGCCAGGUCCAUCGGAACAUUCAUGAAGCCAAUGCAUUAACAGUCAGUAUCGGCACUGGGAUAUCCAGAUUCAGUCGUAGCAAACCAGGUUUCCUCAGAAGACCUAUUGGGUGGCUCAAUGGCGCAAAGAAAGUAUCCACGGACUGUGAACAAUAUCAUCAAAGCAUGCUGCAAGAAACAGUAAAUGGCAGGAGGCAUGGAUACCAUCGUCUCAACGUCCCGGAGCAGGCAACCGAGGAUGAGGCACCAAAGAUAUCGGUCAUCGGCCAGCUGUUUAAGACGCUGAAGACAAUCGUUGGCCAAGACAUUCAACCUCUCGAUCGUGGACUAGGAAAGAUCAAGUUAGAUGAGUGGAAAGAAAAGGGUAUCUGGCGCAAAGAGAGCACUAAAGAGGAAAUUUACCGAGUUACCCAAGCGUAUCUCCAGGACUCUAAUGUUGACAAAGAGCUCGAUGGUAUUGCACUAUCGCUGGUUCUCCAAAGACGAGCAAGAUCAGAGACACCACGAUGGAAAGCCUACGCGUUGGGAAUUCGUUACGAAUGUCCGAUGGUAUCGGAGAGAUGUCCUGAAGAAACUUUCGCUGAAGAGGGUGAUUUGCGCGACCAUCUUAUUCGAUGUCAUCGAGUUGGUGCUGGCUUGUCCGAAAGCAAGAAAGAGGAAAAGUUGAAGCAAUUUGUGAAUGCUGGAGAAUAUUAUGAAUAUCAUCACUGAGGUAAGAUGCGGUGCAUUGCGGGUUUUCCGAAGCAAUUUAGCGUGGAGUUGAGGAAAUCUGCAUAGCAAGGC